AUGUGCUCUCAGGAGCCAGCGAGGCUCUACUUCUUCCGGUGUUCUCCCUGCCGUCGCCACGAGUUCUGGUCCCGGGUCUCAGCAUACUUGGGUUUGGUAUGCUGUAUUCCCGCUUCCGGACUCCUCUUCCUCCGCCCUUGGAGAUGCCGGCCUUCUUUGCCGUGCUUCCUCCUGGGCCCCGCCGACGCCUUGGUUCUCCUCGGUCUGCAAAUCACGGCCUUGUCCUUCUGCAGCCUCCGGCUGCUUCAGUGUAUUGCCACCGAGCUGCCCUGCUCCCAACCGGGAUCUCUCCGGCUUCGGCUCUGCACAUAUCGGCUCAGUGAUGCCACCCUUUCAUGGAGGACGAGCACCCGUGGGUCGCUUGGUGCGCCCUGCAUCUGUGCACAUUUUGUGCCACAGGUGCGCUUUGCAGUCUUGGUGCCCUUCUCUGGCUUUGGACUAGUACACGAUUCCCUGCGCGCAAGUCGCGGUUGGCUGCCUUUUCUUUGCCAAGUCCUGCUUGGACACUCGCUGCCCCACAGUGUUUGGGCAGCCCCUGGUGGUGCAGACGGUGCCGCUGCUCUUACUGCCUCCCUUGCCACCCACGGUCCCGUCGGCCAUCCUAGUGACAGCGCCGCGCUGUCUCCAGCUCUCUCUUCGACUGGUGUGUCGCUUCCGGGCGUCCCUGCAAACACCAUCGAUGCUGCCCAGCUUGCUACAGGCUCUGCCGAUCCCAAUCUGCACUGUCUUGUCUUUGCGGCCGGCUAUCGCACCGAGCACUUGGUCUUGGACGUACCAUGCGACAUCACUGCUGAUGCUCUCGUUGCCCGGGUCCAGGUUGCUUCAGCCUUGGUGCAGCGGCUCUCUCCAGCCCACCUUUUCCCGGCACACCCGCAACCGGGACAGGGGUAUGCCAGUUUUGUUGUUGUCCCAGAUUGGGUGCCCGCCGACCGGCGUCAGGUUGUGCUUCUUGAUUUUUCACGGAUGCAUGGCCCUGUUUUUGGACACGUCUUCCACAAUCCCCUUACAUACCGGGACCUUGUGACAGAGGCUGUUGCACAAACUGACGAGCUUUGGCAUGCAUAUAUACCCAACAGCUUCGAACCCCUUGCAGUUGGCUGCGAAGUCACUCUGUCGAGUGGUGAUGUGAUCAGCUUCUCUCCCCGGGAUGUUCCGCUGGCACGGGACUCAGACCUCACCCUGCUGCUGUCCAGACCCUCGUCAUGGCAGCGUGAGCCGGACCACGUCCUGCUUGAGCGGCCUACCUCUGCCUGGCUUGUUAUUCUGCCACAGUCCGUGCAAAGUUUCCCCUUCUACGGAACCUUCACUGCUGACUUGCAACAGGCCAUUGCCGACCAAAUGGACAGUCAGGUGCAGCACGUCAGCUUUGGGCACCCCACGGAGCCUCUCACCGACGUGGUGUAUCGCGGGCGGCUCUACGAUAAAAUUGCUGCCGCCGAUCACCGGUCGGAGAACCUGCCUCCCGGCCCCAAUCUCGGGGCGUUCGUGUUCCUUGACGCGAGGCAGUCUGCUCGCGGCCUCGGCUUUUUAUUCGAAGGGCAUGGAGCUGUCGUCCCUACCCAGGACGGUGUGCGAGUGCUUGGCCUACGCCCUCCGCGCGGUUUCCGCACUUACGCGGAGCACGUUUUCCUUCGACGCGAGGGCCUCCCAGUCGUCGAUGGAUGUGUCUUGGUUCUGGGCUAUGAGUUUGAUGAGGACACAGUUGGCACAGUACCUGCAUCAGCCGCCCCUGGUGUUAUACUGCUCUUGCCACCGAUGAGAGGCUCGAUGGCACUUCUGCUGGCGCAGCCGGCGAAGCAGCUUCCCCCUCCCUCGGCUCUGUUUUGCACUUUUAUCGCCCUCCCGUUAUGGGCCACCCAUGUGGUCUGUGUGGUUGUGGAUGCUCGGGCUGUCGACGGGCGGCUCUUUGCCAUGCACCUGGACAAUGGGCUCCCAGAUAUGCUGUACCAGCUCGAUGGCUGGCACCUGCCGGUACCGGACUUUAAGGGAUUCCUACAAACUCCCUUUUAUUUGCUUACCGAUGCUUGGAACACUGUUGCAGACUUCCCGGCUUCCGCUUCCACUUCCUAUACAGCGCUCCGACAGUUUGCUACCGCAUUCCUGCGAUACGAGGACCACAGAUCCUCACUCCAGACACUGCACCCACGUGUAGCGGACUACAACUUCCAUGGCAUCGUGUGUCGAGCUGUCCUGAUUGCCACGGAGCAGCCUAUCGGUCUCCCGGUCCCCCCUGCAAGGGCCAGGCCGCCGUGCAUUGCAUAUGCCGUUGAUAGGCGUGCUAUUCUCGCGGACAUUACUUGGCACAUCACUCCCACCGGCCGAGUCGACCUCGACUCCCUCAUGCGAGAGUUUGAACCAGCACCGUCCGGCUUCUACACCUCCAUCACAGGCGGUCUGCCAGAAUGCGAAGGUGCCAGGACCUUCUUGCGUGUUGACAAUGGCCAGGUGCUGACCGUAGCAUAUGAGGAGGAUCUUCUUGAGCCGGACCGACACGGAGACAGCACCCCCCCCGAUGACGAACCGGAUGAUUCCGACUCCAGCAGCACUUCUUCCGCACUGCCAGCAACCCCUAAACCAGCGCCUCGACCCAUGCCCGGCGCACGUAACCGCAAGCGACGGCUCACUGACGGCACUCCGGGCGCCGGUGCUUCCAGCGGCCCUACCGUCGCUGUCAAUGUUUUCAUGGGCUGCCUAGUUAGUGCCCAAGUACCAGCUGCUGCUGCCGUGCUUGCGGAUACGCCUAGCCACCGACAAGGUCUUGGCAUUCUCGCUACACACAGCCACCUUACCGUACUGCGGUACUCUUGGGGUUUCCUUGUCGAUGUUCUCCUUUUCGUCGUACUGUGGCUGUCCUGCGGCCUCCUUGUCUGCACAGCCGCCUCUUGCCGCCAGGCCAAGCUCCUGCUCGAGCCGCGAGCCCACAACAGCCCCAUGCGACACGCCCUAGCUGCCUUGCGCUACUUUGCGCCACGCCUGGGCGGUGCUUGGCGAUAUAUUCCUGCAGCGGAUGCCGAAGUCAUCCCCGGUUCUAGUGGUUCUGAAGAAGGUGACGAAACACCAGAGGACGGUCUCGCCCUCUUUGCAGUGCUUGCCCCAGGCUAUGCACCAGAACAGGUGGCUGUCAUAGUGCAGUUCCCCGCCACCUUAACUGAGGCCCUUGACACUGUGCAGCUUGCCCGUCAUAGUAUCCAUAAGCAUUGGUUGCCUGUUCCUGUUCCUGUCGAGCCCCAGCCGCAGCCGGGCAUCGGCACCGUCAUUGCUCUUGCCGACUGGCAGAGACAGGACAGAUUCGUCUGCAUCGACAGCACCCAGCUCGACGGGCGCCGCUUUGUCGUCCAGGCACCUCACUAUGCUGACAAGCUUGCACUCCUGCACCUUGCCGAUAUUCAGCUAAACCUAGGCAUAGCUGUUUACAUCGGGGACGAUCCACAGCCACUCGGUGAUGAUGUCCAGGUGCAAUUAUGGACCGGACUUGCAGUUUUCUUUCUGCCACCCGAGCGCCACCCACCCGCCUUGCAACCUCCACCUGAUGCAUAUGCCCUUGUCUACCAUGACGAGGUUGCACUACACAUCACUGACCGCUGCCCUGGUGUGUCGUCCUUUUGGAUCUCCGUGCCCUACUUCGUGGGUGGAGCACAGUUGUCGCUCCGCAUCAUCGGCUGGCAGGCAUGCCUACACGAUGUCGGACGUGAUGUGAUUGAUGUGCACCCGGGACUACUGUCCAGAGCCAUGCACGGCUUCCGGUCGGCUGUCCGGCUCAUUGCUGCCUAUCCGCAAACUAUUGCAGGUGCCGCCCUCCUCCUUGCCCUCCCGUUUUGGACACCGGACGGAGUUACUGUUGCGUGUGAUCUCACACGCCUCACUGGGGUCGUCUUUGCUUUGCAAUUGCCCCGAGUUGUCCGACGUGACGGCCUCCUUCGUGCCUUGGGUGUCGCUACAGAUGCGCGCGUCGAUCUCUAUCUCAGAGACCUGCCCUGGCCCAUGCCCCAUGGGGCGGUCUAUGACCUCCGUAACGGUGAUACUGUUGUUGUCACCCCUGCAGCACAGGCCGCGCAUGCACCCAUCCCCACAGGCUCACUCAGUGCGCGUCUUGCCUCAGCCGCUGCCUGGGAUCCCACUUGGGGUCCCGAUGCCACCUAUGCAGACACCGUAUGGCUCCUUACCGAAGUUGGCCAUUUCACUCAUGUUGUACCACCCGGCAGGCGCUCCUUCUUUCGGGAUGACGUCGCCGCGUUAUUGGGUGUUCGUGCUGAUCGCAUCACCUUUGCGGCUCCCGAUCCCGCCAUCAGGGAUCAUGCUGAAAAAGGGGUUCUGUCGCUCAACGUCAUUGCAGUGCUUGGCGACGAACCCCCUGACCUCGAAGUGCGCCAGGGUGGAUCCCUGUGCUUCAUCGACAGUCGACCGAUCCUCACUGGCAUCUCCCGCAUUACUGUGCAUGGAGGAGGUUUGGACACUGCACGCCUCCACCGGCGCUUUGAUCCGCGCUGUCCUGUCGGAUAUCGACUGUGCCGUCUACACCCCGACCAUGGGCCAUGCCUGCUCCCUCCUGUCUUAAAUGUGCAGCAUGGUGAGGUCAUCGUCCUGUCGUUUAUGCCAGCUGAAGCCAAUCCCAUUAAUGUCCCUCCCGAGGACGGCCCCGGCCCUGGACAGGGUGGAGCGCCCCGUGGUCCUGCUGCUGCACCUCCCGCCGGUGAUGCUGCCUCUCCUCCUGCCACCGACAAUCCGACAUCGAGUACGGGGCAGACCGACGCCGGCACCGGUGGUACCCAGCGAGCCCGUGAUGGCCCAUCCUUCGACUGUAUUGGCCUCUUUUCCGCCCGCAGGCAACCACACAGUGAACAAUGUGUCAGUCGAGUUGUUACGUGGCGACAAGCUAGUUCUGUCUCCUACUUGGCGUUCACCUCUAUCCUCCUGCAUCUUGUUCACUGGGGCUUGUGUGCCCUGCGCGGUGCGGCUUCCACUGCAGGCUCACAUCUUGUUGCCCCUGCCGUUGUGCCUCGUCGUGGCCGGCACCGCCCCUCACCCGGUCGGCGCCUCUGUCGGCCGACUGCACUCAUCCUUGUCCUGAUUGUUGCGGCUGCUCUGCCACUCGCCGCUGCGACCACUUCCGGUGGCACGCCUCCUGGCGCUGUAUGCCACUCCUUCUGUGGCUCAGGCCUGGCCUAUGCUGUUGGCCGCCUGUCACGCCCGGUUGCCACUCCUUGUCGAGCUCCUGCGGCCGUCGGGCAUCCGCCAGGUACAGCAGAUCCCACAGGUGCCCUUAUUCGCCUGGAUACUGCCACCCAUGGGUUCGAAUUGCCAAACGACCUGCCUACGUUGCUUGAUCUCGCCGCCAGGCAGGACAACACCUGGGCACUGCGGGCCGUCACCCUGCUCGAGGGGCUCUUCCGGCACGGUGAUGAUGGUGAUGAUGGUACGCCGAGCUCGCCCUCUGUUGCACAUGAGCCAGCUGCCGAAAUCCCUCGGCCUUCACCCAUUAUCCAGCUUGCCUCAACAGUGCCACUCACUGCCUACCAAAGUAGCUGUCUUGAGUUACAGGCUCUGGUGCCUCCUGUUGCAGCUGCUACUGCUGUCGACUGGCUUGACAACGAUCUCCGGCCACUGCUUACAGCACCGGAUACCUCCCCCGAGGUCCGCCAUGCUAUCCCAGCCAUUACCAACUGGCAUACCGCUGGCGGUGACGGGAGUCUUCUUCCCGCCCUCGUACACAUCUAUACCGACGGCUCUGCCCGCGGGACGCAUGAGCCCCUCGCCAGUGCACCAUGCGGCUGGGCCUUCAAUGUAUGGAUUGAGACCGCUAGUGGUUGGUACUUCUAUGGCUUCGCAGCAGGCACAGCUGUACCCCCUUUCACCCGUUUCCAUCUUGGUGAGAUGGAUGACUCGCCUCUUACAAGCGAGCUUCUUGGAGCUGCCUGGGCAUUGGUCUGGGCUGCCGAAUACGGCCCCACUUUCGCCUGCCCGCUGCAUCUCCACUACGACUGUGCUGCUGCAGGUGAAGGCACCUUUGCUCAAGCAGUACCCGCCAGUGUCCCCACGGUCACAGGGGGGCCCAGCCUCAGCCACGUCGCCGUUGCUCUCCGGCACAUUGCAGCUGCCCGUGUUGCCCUUACCUCUGCAUAUGUGCCAGGGCACCGGGGCGCACUUGGCAACGAGAUCAGUGAUUCUCUUGCCAAGUACAUCCGCCGGCAGGCCCUGCCUCUGGAUGAACGUGUCCACCCCGACUGGCCAGCACACCUAGUACAACACGAGCUUCUAGACUGGGCCUGGCUCGCGCACGCCUGCGCUGCCGACCUGCCCACACUCUUUGCCUUUGAGUCUGAAGCUGGGCGCCUGCAAGCCCUCUGUCCACAGCCACGGCCCGCUCCACAUUGUGGAGUUACCCAGACCGCCGACGAUACCGUCGCACCCGUGCGGUAUUGCAUUAAGGCAGUCACGUUCAACAUUCUUACCCUACUCGAAAGCACACACGCCAAGCGUCGUGUCCAGACGCAUGCUGGCCUUCGAAUGAUGGGACGGCGACAUGUCAUCCUGCGACAGUUGCAAUCGCAGGAUGUGCUUUUUGCGGGGCUCCAAGAGACACGAGUACAGGAUACCGCUCUGCUUCCCGACCGGACCCACAUACUCCUCCAUUCCGGGGCAAGCGAGGCCGGACAUUACGGUUGUGCCCUCUGGAUCAGUAAAACUGUUCCUUAUGCACAUGUCAAUGGCAAGCCUAUGUGCAUAGAACCUCGGCACUGCACUGUUUCGGCCACCUCGCCGCGGCAUUUAGUUGUCUGUGUAGAGGCGCCACACCUUCGUCUUGGCGUGCUCGUUGUCCAUGCGCCCUCCGACCCCCACGAUGACAAAGGAGUGCUACAUGCCUUUUGGGCGGCUCGUACCCUCGAGCUUGGCAAACUGCCCAACGAUGUGCCAGUUUUGCUUCUUGCCGAUGCCAAUUCUCGCCUCGGCAGCCUUGAGAGCGAGGCUGUUGGGCCGCACCACCCCGAAGAUGAGACGCCUGCUGCGUCACAUUUUCAUAGCUUUCUGCUACGUAAUGGUCUUUGGCUGCCAGCCACCUUCGCUGGCCUGCACAGCGGCCCGUCUUGGACCUGGCAGUCCCCACGUGGGGACCAGCAUCGCCUCGACUACAUCGGCCUUCCGCAAUCUUGGGCCACUUUUUCCUGCCGCUCCCGUGUCUGGUACACCUUUGAGGCUUUGCAACAACGUAGUGACCAUCUGCCGGUCAUAAUCGAGUGCUCUUUCGCGCGCGAAAGCAGCUCGCGCGCAUCUGCUGCAUUUCGCCGUGUUGCUUGUCGGCCUAACGACUUGGAUCCCACCAUUGACAAACAGGCAUUUUGCCAUGCACUAUCGGCUGCCCCGCCAGUCGACUGGUCUGUCAAUGUGGACAGCCACUAUUGCGCCUUUGUUUCCAAUUGGACGGCCGCGGGCCGUGCGCAACAGCCCCGGUCUACCCCCAAGCCGCAACAAAGCUUCCUAACCGCGCCUACCCUUGCCAUUAUUCGUCGACGCAAGGAUACGCGCAUAGCCCUACGUGCCGCCGAGAAAGAGCUGCAUCGGCGCUUGCUUGUCGCUGGUUUUGCAGCCUUUACUCACCUGCAUGCUGCCUCAGCCCUCAACACCGGCUCUGCAGCAGCCACAUGGGCCUGGAUUAGGGGUGCCAACCACAACAUUGCCUUGGCGUGGAGCCGCCUCCAUCGGCUCUGUACUGAAGCCCGCCAGGCCGUCAAAGCAGACCGCUGCCACUACUUGCAGAAGCUGGUUUCUGAAGUUGGGCAAGCUGACCUCCGAGACCCGCGACAUCUGUACCAGUGUGUGCGGAGGGCCUUUCCUAAAGCCGCCUCUGCCAAACGGUCUCGUUUUACCCCGCUCCCUGCCGUCGCACUUGCCGAUGGCACUCUCGCCGUCACCGGGGCAGAAAGGGCAGCGCGCUGGCGUAGCCAUUUUGCAGCCCAAGAAGGCGGUGUCGACAUUUCUCCUGCGGACUACAGCGCCGGCUUCGCUGUCGACGCCGCCCGAAGCACUGCGCCCGCCGUCUUCGACCCACGACUGCUGCCCUCGCUCACAGAGCUCGAGACAUCCGUGCUCCAACUCAAACGGGGCAAGGCUGCUGGCCCAGACGGUGUGACAUCAGAGCUCCUAAAAUUAGCGGUACCCACCGCUGCGCGGCAGCUGCUGCCUCUCUUCGUCAAAAGCUUACUCACCGUCCGCGAGCCCAUUGAGUUUAAGGGAGGAGCUCUAAUGACGCUCACCAAGAAGGCGGCAUCUGCCUUCGAGUGCGAUCGCUAUCGCAGCAUUCUGCUAUCGAGCGUUCCUGGGAAACUCUUGCAUAAGAGCCUUCGCAGACGCAUCACUCCUCUGCUCCUCCAACACAGCCCUGACCUUAUGGGCGGAGUCCAUCCAGGGGUUGGGGUGGACUCGAUUGCGACUGCAGUACGGAGCUAUCAAGCACACGUGCAUGCUAGUGGAGAGCACCCCGCUGUUGUGUUUUUCGACGUUCGUGCAGCCUACUACCAAGUUGUACGCGAGACUCUCACCAGCGAUGCACCGGACGACUCCAUCCUUCAGUCUCUCUUCUGCAAGCUUGGGGUCCCUCCUGAUGCGCUCGCCGAGCUCCGCGACCACCUUGCCAGUUUGAAUCACCUCAUCGACAGCAACGGCUCCCUCCAUCUCGAAGCCUUCACGCGCGAGCUCUUCAAGGGCACCUGGUUUCGGCUUGACCAGCAUGUGGAUUUAGUCGCCACCUCGGCCGGCGUUAGACCAGGCGAUCCGUUGGCCGAUGUGUUCUUUGCCCUGAGUUUCAGCGCUUAUUUGCGCUCAGUGCAAGCCUUCCUGAGACAACAGUCACUGAGUACAGUGCUGCCGCCUUGCACUACUCUCUUGCCGGUCGACGGUCUUGAAACCGAACGCGAACUCUCCCCUGCCUCCUGGGCGGACGAUUUCGCUGCCAUGUUGUCUGCAACCAGUCCCGCCCAGGUCGUUCGCAAGGUGCAGGCCACUACGUCUGCUUUCUUGACCCAUGCCACCGCCAUAGGUAUGCAGCUUUCGUUUGCCGUUGACAAAACCGCCGCUCUGCUGCCGCCUACAGUGCUUUUCGCCGAUGUUUGUGACCUCCCUCCUUCUGGGGCCGCCUAUGAGCAUGCCAUACUGGUCUACGACAGUAUCGCACUGCGCACUGUUCAUUUGCCUGCGGUACAGGCAUACAAGCAUCUCGGUGGGAUCGUCACCUGCAACGCGCCACUUCUGCCUGAGAUCUAUUACCGGUUCUCACAGUGCACCUGGACGCUGCGGCCGCUGCGUGGCACCCUCUUUGGCAACCCCAGCAUACCCCUUCCUCUUCGGCGAGCCUUGCUCGGCUCCCUUGUUGCCACCAAGUUCACGUACGGCUCCGCCACCAUGGAACUGCACGUUGCCUACCAAUGGCGGCUCUGGGCCCGCCUGUACACUUCCAUCUGGAAGGCGUUGCAACCGCGAUCCUCUGCCGCCGACAAAAUCCACUCCUAUGAAGUGCUUCGGCAGGCCAAUGCCCUCGCUCCGCCACUUGCGCUUGCGAAAGCCAGGGCCAGCCUGUACCUGAGGGUUCUCGAACAUGGGCCCCAGACACUCCUCCACCUUUGGUGGCUGCAGUGGGAAGCCACGCCGGCACGAUCAUGGCUCGCCAUGCUACAAGGCGACCUGGAGUACGUUGCCAUGUACUGCCCUGCCGUCCAGCUCCUGCUGGACUCGCCUUGUCCACUUGUAGCACUCACUGAGACAAUGCUCCAGGAUCGCACCUGGUGGCGCCGGCAACUGAAUGCAGCGGCCAGGAUCUAUUUUGCUGACCUUGAGCGAUGGGCCCAAGGCCGCCGCAAUACUGCUGCCUGCCCACUGAUCCCUCCUCCUUCCGCGGACGCCUACUAUCGAUGUCCCUUUUGCACAGCUAGUUUCCCGCUGAAGAAGCAUCUCAGCGUUCACAUAGCCCGCCACCAUGGGUUACCUGCGCCCAAGCGGCUCUUUGCGCCCCAUGCUACCUGUCUCGCCUGCCUUAAGCAUUUUCACUCCAUUCCCCGGCUGCAGAACCACCUCAAGAGUGUGCCACGCUGUCUUGAGCGCGUGCACCUCUUAAUGCCACCCUUGGAGUUGUCUGCUGUAAGAGCUAUUGAGCAAGCUGACCGGGCACACCAAAAGCGGCUUAAAACGGGCUGCUGGCAAGCUUUCGAUGCUAACAAGCCAGUGCUCCAGGCGCUCGGCCCUCUACAACCUACGCGUGCUGAACUGCUCAGCGCGCUAGGAGAAGAGGCGCCACUCUCACUACUGGCACAGCCGCCACCGAACCCUGCUUUUACGGCAUGGGUGUGUAACGACAUCCACGGCCGCACACGUGAGCCACCCCGGGCAGGCACACGCAGUUUCUGGUGGCAACGUAUCCAGUAG